CGUCACAGGGUGCUGGGCAAUGGAGGCAUCCAUCUGUGGCGGAGGGACACUACGUACUGGGAGAGUUCACAGAUCCCUUGAGGGAGGGCUCUGCUGCUGUAACGCCAAUUGGGGAGGGGGCGCUGCACCACCCCUCGGGAGGGUCCCAGGCCCGGAGCGAGCCCUGGGCUGUUCCAAAUGCAGUGCCGGGGUCGGAGCGGCCUCUACCACUGCGGGAGACUUGGGGGAGUGAAGGUGGACCGGGGUUGCCUAGAGACCGCGUCUAGGUGAGCGGCCUUAAUUCAGAGAGCAGCCAGAACAAAGGAUCCCGGACAUGGCGGCUAAAGGGCGAGAGAAGGAGCCUGUUGACGAAGUGCACCAGACCCAGAUCAUGUGUGAGGUGAUCCGCAAGGAGCUGCGAACCCAGAAGCUGUACACUCACUACCACGUGAACCCCAAUCGCAAGGGUUACACCAUCACCAGAAAACCUAUGUCUUGGCAUGACAACAUAGAGGAACCUGCAGAUGCCAAAUUCCUCAAUAUCAUUCACUAUGCUGCCCAAGGACCCAAGAAGAAAUACUCAGAACCUCAGACAGAGAGCCAGGAAAUUGGCUGGGACUCGGAUCCCUUGGUCCCCAGUGAGCGCUGGGACAGAAGGGUCAAUUUUUUCCGUCACUACAUGGACAUCACGAAGUAUAUGGCAGAAUUCUGGCGCAUGAAGGCCAGGGAGAGCUCAGACUAGCUGGGUCAGGGACAUUUGGCUCCUUGGUCCUUGACACACCCCAAUCCUCUGAAACUGCCCCAACCCAUCCUAUGGUCCCCACCCCACCCCCAGUUCCCCCCCAACCAGCCAGUGCUGGAGGGGUAGCCCCCAUCUGCCCAGCCCCACCAGCUCAGAAAACAAAGGCAGCCAAGGGAUGGCUGUGGCAUAAGCCUGCGGCCUGUCUUUUCUUCCCAAUCCUCUGCAUAAAAGGUGGCACUUAGCGUGUUCUAUUCUUCAUUUUGUCUCUUGCCCGUUUUCCAGGUCUCUUCUAAAAUAAAGACAAAAAUUCAGUCUUGAA